AUGGAUUCAGCCAAAAAGACAUAUUCGCCUGGUACACAAGACCUUAGGAUAUGCAACCAACUCAAGGUAUUCAUGUUUAUUGCCACGAUGACCAUUCAAAUUACCAAAUACUUUCGCGUCGAAAGCAUGACAUUACCUCAGGCGCAGCAUAAGAUUUGGAAGUAUGUAGCAUUGGCCUAUCAAACAGCAACUGACCGCGAACCUAAUCCCCAGGAAGUUCUCAUCAGUCUUAACAUUACAGUGGCCAACCGCGUAUACAUCCUCGCGCCCCAGUGGAAUCCAAGCGUGGAGAGUCAGGCUAUCGGUCGGGUGUCCCGGCUAGGCCAAAGCAAGCCCGUUUCGGUGACGCGGUACAUCGUUCGAGGAACAGUGGAAGUAAGCAUGCAGUCUCGACAGGUACGGAAGGUAGAUCUUGCAAAAGUUGGAUUUCAGGACGGCAAUCUAGACAACUCUUAA